AAAAAAGAAAAAUAAUGCUCAUACUCAACAUAAAACUCCUUAUAUGGACUUCUUUUAUGUUCAUAUAUCUAGUCAAUACAACCACCUUGGCUCAACCCGAAUUCGUUUCCUACUUCUGUGACGAUGCCUUUAACUAUACCGUGAACAGCACGUAUAGAAGGAAUCUAGACACGGCCCUUUCCGGCCUACCAAGAACCAACUCCGGUUUUGGUUUCUUCAAUGAGUACACGGGCGAAGGAAUUGAUAGAGUCAACGCGGUUGUUCUUUGUCAUGGUGACGUCAAUCCAGAUGUAUGUCGGAGUUGUCUAAAUGACUCUGUAGCUAAGUUACGUAGUAUUUGCCCCAAACAAAAGACAGCAAUAGGCUACUACGACUAUUGCAUAUUGCAAUACUCCAACCAAACUAUAUUGCAACAAUCUAAAUUCAGGUUUUAUGUGUAUUUAGCUAACCCUCAAAAUGCUAGUGAUAUUAGUCAAUUCAAUGAAGCUCUGAGACCAUUACUAGCUGGCUUGAGACAGAAGGCUGCAGAUGGUGAUCCGCUACUGAAAUUUGCCACUGGGAACAGGAGCGAUUUAUCGGAUUUCUCGACUAUAAAUGCACUUGUUCAGUGUAGUCCUGACUUGUCCGAGUUUGAUUGUAAUUCUUGCUUAGAAGAUUCAAUAAAUAGGAUACCACAGUUUUUUAACGGGAGAAUUGGUGGGAGAAUUCUUAAACCCAUGUGUAAUUUAAGGUAUGAGACAUAUGAGUUUUUUAAUGAGACUACUGACAUAGUCUCAUCACCACCAGUAUUGCAACCAUCACCACCAGGUACGCUAUUAAUUAUAUGUUCCGUUAACCUUCUAUUUAAUGGUAUAUUAAUACAAUUAUUAUGAAGAGAGGAGUGUAUAUGAAACGAAGCGAGGAGUGCAUCUGAAUCGCCCAAAACUAUUUGAACAAAAAUAUAUAACAAGUUAGAAUAAAUUUUAUAGGGUCAUUUUUCGUGAAGAAUUCAAAUUUUCCAAUUCAAGAAAAUACUUUAGACUCUUCUUAAAAUGAUGUAACAGAACUAGUAUGUAAGUUUGAGGACCCGAAAAGGUCAAAUGAAGGCUCGAGAAAAGUGAGCGUUGAAGAUA